UGAGCGCGGCGCGGCGGGAUGGCGGCGGCCCCGGGCCCGUAGCCGGCGGCGCUGGGAGCCCGGCGGCUCCAUGGAGGAGACUUAGUGGAGCGCCCGGGACGGGACCGGAGCCGGCGAUGAUGCCCUCACCUGGGCAGACCCUGACCACUGGAGGCCUGAGCACAUAGCUGCAGCUGCUGCCUGGGAUCCAGAGGCGUGGAGGCGGGGAAGAGCCUGGAACUCUGAGGUGGGCUGUGAACUCUAAGAUGUCCUUGAGCAGCGGAGUUUCCGGAGGGAAAGGAGUGGAUGCGAACCCUGUUGAGACGUACGACAGUGGGGAUGAGUGGGACAUUGGAGUAGGGAACCUCAUCAUUGACCUGGACGCUGACUUGGAGAAGGACCAGCAGAAAUUGGAAAUGUCGGGCUCCAAAGAGGUGGGGUUGCCGGCGCCCAACGCUGUGGCCACGCUGCCUGAUAACAUCAAGUUUGUGACUCCGGUGCCGGGCCCUCAGGGCAAGGAGGGCAAGUCCAAAUCCAAGAGGAGCAAGAGUGGCAAGGACAGUGGCAAGCCAGCCCCAGGAACCUCUCUGUUCACUCCAGGCGAGGGGGCCAGUGGCAAGAAGGAGGUUCAGGGACGCUCUGGGGAUGGCGCCAGUUCGGGCGGCUUGGUAGCUGCUGUCAUCCCGAAGGGCACUGAGAAGUCGGCCAAAGCAUCUCGCAGCGUGGCCAGCUCCAAAAAGGAGAAGGAGGGCAGCUCAUCCAAGAGCAAGAAGGAAAGGAGUGAGGGUGUGGGGGCUCCAUCAGAGAAGGAGCCCAGCGUGCUCCAGCCUCUCGCCCUGGCUGUGAGGGUGGGACAGUACGAUGCGGGCCAAGGGCCAGAACCUGCUGCAGCCGAGCAGCUCGGGAAUAUAGCUAUUGACACGGGAGCUGCGCUCAAUCCUUUGGGAGUUAAAUCGGAGAUGGAGGAUGGGGAAAGUGAGUGCCGGCAGCCGAAAAAGGUCAAAGCAGAGAAGAUGGAGUCUCCAGUCUCCACGCCUGCAGUGUUGCCCUUGCAUCUCCUGGUCCCAGUUGUCAAUAAUGACAUCUCAUCGCCAUGCGAGCAGAUCAUGGUACGCACUCGCUCUGUGGGGGUGAACACCUGCGAUGUGGCAUUGGCUACCGAGCCAGAGUGUCUGGGUCCUUGUGAACCUGGCACCAGCGUCAACCUGGAGGGCAUCGUCUGGCAGGAGACGGAAGAUGGUAUGUUGGUGGUUAACGUGACCUGGAGGAACAAGACGUAUGUGGGUACGCUGCUGGAUUGCACACAGCACGACUGGGCGCCCCCCAGGUUCUGUGACUCUCCCACCAGCGACCUGGAGAUGCGGAACGGCCGGGGCAGAGGCAAGCGCAUGCGCCCCAACAGCAACACGCCGGUGAACGAGACGGCCGCUGCCUCGGACAGCAAAGGGACCAGCAACAGCAGCAAGACGCGGGCGGGGGCCAGCAGCAAAGGGCGCCGGGGGAGCCAGACCUCCUCAGAUCACCGCCCCCCGCCCAGCGGCGCUGCCGAGGACGUAAAAGCCAGCCCCUCCUCAGUGACCAAGCGGAAAAGCAAGCCCCUUUCCGACAUGGAGCUCAACUCCAGCUCGGAGGACUCCAAGGGCAGCAAGCGCAUCCGCACCAGCUCGAUGGGCUCGGCGGCAGCGCCCCCGGCCGGGGUCAAGGUGGAGCCUGUAGGCCUGGACAGGAACUGCCCCUCCCCCAUCCUCAUCGACUGCCCUCACCCCAACUGUAACAAGAAGUACAAGCACAUUAACGGGCUGAAGUACCACCAGGCCCACGCACACACGGACGAUGACAGCAAGCCGGAGGCGGACGGGGACAGUGAGUGCGGUGAGGAGCCGCCCCUUCACGCCGACGUCAGCAGCUGCAACGGCUCCCAAAAGGGCUCCCUCUCGCCGGCCCGAUCGGCCACACCCAAGGUGCGGCUGCUGGAGCCUCACAGCCCCUCCCCAUCUGGCAAGUUCAGCACCAAGGCCCCCUGCAAGAAGAAGCUGGGUGGGGAAGGCGACAUGGACCCCGGAGCCCUGUCCAACGAUGGCUCCGAAGACGGCCCCUCGGUGGCGGACGAGACGAGCAACGAUGGUUUUGACUCGCUAGAGAAGAGAUGCCUUGACAAGGAGAAGUGCAAGAAGCCAGCUGGUGCUAAGCCAGACAAGCUCCCUUCCAAAAGCUUAAAGUCCGCCAGACCCAUUGCUCCUGCUAUUCCCCCACAGCAGAUCUACACCUUCCAGACGGCCACCUUCACCGCAGCCAGCCCCGGCUCUUCUGCCGCCUUGACCGCCACCGUCGUCCAGGCCAUGCCCAGCAGCCCCCAGCUCAAGCCCAUCCAGCCAAAGCCCACGGUUAUGGGGGAGCCCUUCACGGUCAACCCCGCCCUGACCCCUUCCAAGGACAAGAAGAAGAAGGACAAGAAGAAGAAGGAGUCCAAAGAGGUUGAAAACCCCCUGACUCCUGGGAAGGUCUGCCGAGCGGAGGAGGGCAAAAGUCCCUUCCGAGGGGAAUCGGGGGAGCUCGGGACCAAAGGGGAAGGCCUCCUGAAUGGUUCAUCUGACCCGCACCAGAGCCGGCUCGCCAGCAUCAAGGCUGAGGCGGAUAAGAUCUACAGCUUCACGGACAACGCGCCAAGCCCAUCCAUUGGGGGGGCCAGCAGGCUGGAGAAUGCUGCUGCCGCCCCAGCUCAGCCCAUGACCCCGCUGCACGUGGUUACCCAGAACGGGGCAGAGGCGGGCUCGGUGAAAACCAAUAGCCCGGCCUAUUCGGACAUCUCGGAUGCGGGGGAGGAUGGGGAGGGCAAGCUGGAGAGCAUGAAGGCCAAGGACCCAGAGCAGCUGGUCAAGGAAGGCGCAAAGAAAGCGCUUUUCCCUCCCCAGGCGCAGAGCAAGGACUCCCCCUACUACCAAGGCUUUGAAGCAUACUACUCCCCGGGCUACCCCCAGUCGAGCCCUGGGCCCAUGAAUCCCAGCAGCCAGGCUGCCGUGGAGAGCCAGCCCUUGAAGAUGAAGAAGGAUGAGGAGCAAGAGAGCCCGGAGGUGAAGGUGAAGAGUGAAGGCUGUGAGGAGAAGAAGGUGGAGCUCAGCAGCUCUAGCCAGCAGCCCUCAGUCAUCCAGCAGCGCCCCAACAUGUACAUGCAGUCCCUCUACUAUAACCAGUACGCCUAUGUGCCCCCCUACGGCUACAGCGAGCAAGGCUACCAUGCCCACCUGCUAAGCACCAGCCCAGCCUACCGGCAGCAGUACGAGGAGCAGCAGAAGCAAAGGCAGAGCCUGGAGCAGCAGCAGCCCCGCGGGCUGGAGAAGAAAGCAGAGCUGGGCCUGAAAGAGAGGGAGGUGGCCCUCAAGGAGGACUGGAAGCAGAAGCCGUCCGUCCCUCCCACGCUCACCAAAGCCCCUAGCCUCACGGACCUGGUGAAAUCGGGGCUGAGCAAGGCCAAGGAGCCGGGGGCUGCUGACAUGGCCAAGUCAGUGAUCAUCCCUAAGCUGGAGGACUCCUCCAAGCUCCCCAGCCAGGUGGCUGAGGGACUCAAGGUGAAGCUGGCCGAGGCCAGCCACCUGGGGAAGGAGGCGGUGGAGUCCAAAGCGGGCACAGAGUGCGGCAGGCAGGCAGAGGUGGACCCCGUCCUCUGGUACAGACAGGAAGCAGAGCCCAGGAUGUGGACCUACGUUUAUCCCGCCAAGUACUCGGAGCUCAAGAGCGAGGACGAGAGGUGGAAAGAGGAGAGAGAUAGGAAGUUGAAGGAAGAAAGGAGCCGAAGCAAAGAGGCCGGCCCUAAGGAGGAUGGGAAGGAGAGCACAAGCUCCGAAUGCAAAUUGACAUCCCCCGAGGAGUCCCGCAUGGUGGGGAAAGACCCCAGACCCAGCGUCCACGUACCCGUGUCUUCGCCCCUCACCCAGCAUCAGUCCUACAUCCCCUACAUGCACGGCUACUCUUACAGCCAGUCGUACGACCCCAACCACCCCAGCUACCGGGGCAUGCCCACCGUCAUGAUGCAGAACUACCCAGGAUCCUACCUGCCCUCCAGCUAUUCCUUCUCCCCAUAUGGCAGCAAGGCCUCCGGGAGCGAGGAUGGUGACAAGGCACGAGCCAGCCCCAGCGUGAGCUGCAAACCCAGCUCGGAGUCCAAGGCCCUGGACAUCCUGCAGCAGCAUGCCAGCCACUACAAGAGCAAGUCUCCCACGAUCAGCGAGAAGGCGUCUCAAGAGAGGGAGCGUGGCGGCUGCGGGGUGGUAGGGGGGGGUGGAGGCUGCAGCAGCGUUGGGGGAGCAGCAGGAGGAGAGAGGAGCGUAGAUCGGCCCCGGACCUCCCCUUCCCAACGCCUGAUGUCAACACACCACCACCACCACCACCUGGGGUACUCCCUGCUGCCAGCCCAGUACAACCUGCCCUAUGCAACAGGUCUCUCUUCGACAGCCAUCGUGGCCAGCCAGCAGGGCUCUGCUCCCUCCUUGUACCCGCCUCCCAGGAGGACGCGCCGUGAUUGGAUAACGGAGUCUGUACCAAGUCAUGUGACUGGCUCACAUGAGGAAGCGCUGGAAAUUCCAUUAGACAUCAGUUGAAUGGUGUUAAUUGUUCUGUUUGACCGUUCCUGCCCUAAUCUGAGGCAGACUUUCCUCUUCCCGAUGGGACACACGGAGUCCCCGCCCCCUCCAUGCCCCUUUCCUUGUGAGCCGGGGAGCUGGAACCUACAGGAAUAUUUAUUCUUCUGCUCACCGUCCCUGGGAAGGGAAGCGACCCGCCUGCCUGGUGCAUAUGAAGAGGCAAUGGAAGCAGAGAGGGUUUCCGGUGGAUUUGAUUCAGUGUCCCUCUGGAGGUCACUGCUUCGCCAGGGUCUGAGCAGCACAGCAGCGCAGGACACGGGGUGGGGAGGGCGCGCCAGUCGGGCCUGCUCAGCAUGCAGCCCUCCCGCCAGCUGCACUUGGCUCCGUGGGAGCACAGCCCAGAUCGCUACAGUCGAGUUUCCUGGCCCCAGUCGCAGUCCCAGGGAAGAAAGUUUAAGGCUCUUUUCAUUUGUAGUAGUGCUGAUAGGGUACCAGCGAGGAGCGUGGGGGGGUGCGUCUCUCGAGCGAGCGAGCCUGCGUGCGCCCACGGACGUGUCAAUGCAGUGUGGGGGUGGGCUCAGUGCACAGUGGGGGGACA